AUGGAAACAAAGGCUAGGAGGAGUAGUGUUGUAAGGCUCCAGAGGCAAUUGCAAUUUUCCAGCAGUUUUAUAGUCGAAAGUAGGGGAUUUAGUGGAGGUCUGGCCCUGUUCUGGAGUGAGGAUGUGGUUGCUGAAGUUCUGUCAUACUCUCAGCACCAUAUAUCUUUACUGAUUCGUGGGGACUCUGGUGGUAGAGAGUGGACUCUUACAGGAUUCUAUGGAAAUCCUGACACAACAAAGAGAAGGGAGAGCUGGCAGUUACUACAAGCCCUCAAGCCUACCAUGGGGAUGGGCUGGAUGUGUAUUGGUGAUUUUAAUGAGGUACUUAGUUCAGGGGACAAGAGUAGAGGUAGACAAAGACCUUUCAACCAGGUGGAAGCCUUCAGAGCAGCAACUGAGUCAUGCUCUCUUUUUGAUAUGGGGUACGUUGGUAAUAAGUUUACAUGGACAAAUGGCAGGUCAGGACAAGCUUUCAUCAAAGAAAGGAUUGAUAGAGCUUUGUGUAAUGUGGAAUGGUCUGAACUAUUUCCUUUUUCUAAGGUCUACAACCUUCCAAUUUUAAGUUCAGAUCACUGCCCCAUCCUCGUUUCUGUGGAACAAUUUGAACUUGACUCAACCAGAAAAGAUAGACCAUUCAGGUAUGAGGCCAGCUGGGCCUUGAAGGAAGAUUUCUAUGAAGUUUUGGAAAAGGCAUGGAGUAAACCGAGAAGGGUUGAUGGCAAGCUAUGUCAAGUCAUAGAAGGACUGAACCAGUGCAGAGUGGAAUUGGUAAGGUGGCACAAGCAGUAUGCUGGUAACUACAGAGUUGAACUAAGGAAACUUUGGGAUCAGGUGACUGAAUUACAAAGGGAUAAUGAAGGCCACCUAACAGAAAAAAUAAAGCAAGUGCAAAAUUGUCUAGAACCAGUGGAGGCCACUGUCACAGAAGAACAAAAUGGAAUGCUGAUGAGGCCUUACACUCAGCAGGAGGUAAAAACUGCUCUCUUUCAGAUGGAAGGGCUUAGUUCACCUGGCCCUGAUGGGUAUCCUGCAUAUUUUUAUCAAAAACAUUGGAACCUAGUGGGUGCCCAACUCAGCAAUGCAGUAUUGCAUGUCCUAAAUGAAAAUGGAAGCCUAUUUGAAAUAAACAGCACCUACAUCACCCUUAUUCCUAAGAAGAAAAAUCCAGCCAAAGUCUCUGAAUUCAGACCCAUAUCACUGUGUAAUGUAUUAUACAAGUUGAUAUCUAAAAUCCUAGCCAAUAGACUCAAAAAAAUACUCCCCUCCGUGGUGUCCCCAUCUCAAUCAGCCUUUGUCCCAAACAAACUAAUCACAGAUAAUGUUAUUGUUGCUUUUGAGGCUCUACACACAAUGAAGGCUAGGAUGAAAGGAAGGGAGGGUUAUAUGGCCUUAAAACUCGACAUGAGUAAGGCAUAUGAUAGAAUAGAAUGA